UAUAAUAACAAGUAAAAUAAUUAAGAUAUAUUGAGGUGGUAAUUUUUUGGCUAAGCACGAGGUAGUUAGAAAUUUGUUACAUACUUUGACAAUAGAGAUUAAAAGCCGCGAAAUUGUUGACUUAACAAUUAACUAAGUGAUUAACCACUGACUACAAUAAAUGUCAUUAAGGAUGUACAUACUGUGACAUAAAUAUAAAUACUAAUACACAUGUACAUAUAAAUAAAUUACACAUAUAUAUUUUUUUUACAUAAAACCAAUUAACUAAUUAGUUAAAGUUUAAUUAAAUCAGCUUGUUUAAAAUGUACACGUCAAAUUUAUCUAAAAUCGUACAUUUAUUUACCUACAAAAUACCUCAUAAAUCAACCUACAGUAUUUUAGUACCAAAAAACUGUAGACUUAUAAAUAAUUCCGCUAAUAAUAACAAUUUCCACUGUAAAAAUAAAUACCGUGAUUAUAAAAAUAAAUUUAGUGUUUGGUUCGUUGAACAAUCAAUCGUAAUUGCGCGAUUGUUCUGUCGUCAGUUCGAGUACAUAGCUGCCCAGCGUGUUAAACGUAGUUUGAAAUUAUAUCAAUUUUAUCCGUAUUUUUGGGAAGAUUUAUUGUUUAAAAAAUUAUUUAAAUUAUGGCGAAAGUGUAAAACUAGAAACAGCAAGGAAUUUUUAAUUAGUGCUGUUGGUGUAAGUAUGUUUAACUGGGAUGAAGAGCGUAUUGAUGACCAGGAGCUUUACAGUUACGCUGGUGAAAUAAAAACAAUUCAUAAGCUACGUAAUACCACUGUAGUUUGUGAAAAUUGUCAUCUGAGAUUAAUCAUUGAUAAGAAACAACCUGAUGUCACGUAUUGUACAUGUAAUAAAUCAAAAUCCAUCAAUUCAAGUGAAAAUAUUGAAAAUGAAUGGGAGCCAUUCAUCGAAAGACAAGAUAUGAUAAUUUGGCGGAGAGAAGAACCUAAUACUGGUGGGAUGUAUGCGUACAAAGUGUUUGGUACCUUUUCCGAUGUCAGUGCUGAAGAAUUUUUGCAAGUACAAGUCGACGUUGACUAUAGAAAAGUCUGGGAUCCAACGGCCAAACAAUUGGAAAUUAUCGAUACUGAUCCAAAAUCCUUGUCCGCCAAAGAUCAUCGUACUGAUAUCAUUUACUGGGAAAUGAUAUGGCCGAGACUAUUUUCGAAUCGUGAUUACGUUUACCAGCGUAGAUGGGUUUUGGAUGAAGAAAAAAAUAUUGUAGUCAUUGUCAGUCGUGUUACUGAUCAUCCAGAUGCGCCUGAUAGACCUGAUACUUAUAGGGUUACUUCGUAUUGGUCGUACAUGGUAAUAAAACCGUCUACGAGUUUUAGCGAGCCAGGUAUUGAAUUUGGGUUGACGUAUUUUGACGAUCCUGGUGUAAAUAUACCCUCUGCUGUUACUGCGUGGGUCGCAUUAAGUGGAUUACCCGACUUCUUAUGUCGCAUGCGACAAGCUGCCAAGGAUUACAAAAAUUAUAUUUGCAUUAAAAAACAAGAAGAUUUGUUAUCUGCUAGCAUAUUAACAGAUAAAGACGAAGAAAUCAUUGAAGCUGAAGAUAAUAAUUCUAAUGACAGCAGUAAAGUUUUGAUGAAUCUCGAUGGCGCUAACUUUGCUAGCGAAUCAAAUAUCGUUAACGUCGAUGCUAAAUUAAAUAAAGCUCACUCUCACGAAUCAUUGUCAAACAAUUCAACUAUUGAAAGUUCGGCCGCUAAUAAUGAUAAUAUUGUUUAUUCCAGUAAUAAUAAUACUAAUAAUAAUAAAAAUAGUAAUAGUAUUAAUGGUAAUGAUAACAGUAGUAAUAGUGAAGAAAGUGCAACUAAAGAAAGUGACAAAGAUUUAGAACAAAAUAAUGAACAAGAAACCGGCUAUUUUAGGUAUUUUUUUUUAACGAAAUUAUUUGCAUGACAAUUGUAUACAUUUUCGACGCGUGACUUUACUGUUAGCGACGAAAAUAGAUGAGAUUUAUUAUUUUCCCGCCAUAAAUUUUAACUUGAGAUAAAUACUGUUGAAAAUAUAAGAUAGUACAAAGAUUUUAUUUAUUCGUAUAUAAAUAAUGAUAAUCUUUGAUAUUUUUAUUAAGAUUUGAUUGAUUAAAAGUUACCGUAGUUUUCAAAACAGAUACAGAGUAAUUUGGUUUAAAUUUAUCAAUUAUUAUGUUAUAUUUUAAAAUUUAUUUUGAAUUGAAUUUAUUUUGAUAUAAAGAAUUAUAUGUUGAUUGUCUUUGUUUUUUGAUUGAAUGUGUACAUAAUGAUAAUAUUUGUUGUAGUUGGUGGUUAAUUAAAUUAAUUAACUAAUUAUGAAUGAGCGAUAAAUGUAUCGAGAUGUAAAAAUAAUAAUAAUAAUAACAAGAAUAA